AUGGAUUGGGUUUCUACACCUUACACAGGACGUGCUAAAUUCAACGAGCGUUCCCCCGGUGUAACAAGUCCUCAUGGGUACGCUCGCAAGAUUCAUGCCAAAAGAGUCGAUCGAGAAUUAAGAAGCCUUCUUAAUCCAUCCACAGCAAAGCCAGACUUCCCCUUCGCUGCUCCGGCUACAUUUAUCAGUGAUUGGAAGUCUGCUCAACAGGGAUUGAUCAGUGUGAAGGCCUACGGUCCGGUUAAGGAUGCUACCCUCACCCUUAUUAGCAAACUACGUGAUUACUACAUCCUGACAGAGGUCCUGUAUUCGGUCAUGGAUCUUCCUGGGAUGUUCAAGUUCGCAACUACUACUAUGUUUGGCUCAUGCACCUUGUUUAAGCUUCUCUUGUCGAUCAAGGCAACCCCAGCUCAAGCCGACAAAGCUUCUCAUGCCCAUCAAUCAACAACUGAGACUGAUGACUCCGACGAUGACUCAGACGAUGACUCUUCUGACGACGAUCCCAAUGAAUCUUCUGGCUCUAAAGGCGGUCAAUUCACAGAAGUUCGGUCUAAGAAGGCGGCAACAAAGGUGAAAAAGAAGGCAAAGAAGAAGAAGAAGUUGAUCACUGAUAAUGAGAAUCCGUUCCUUAACGAUCUCUCCCCAGCCCAACGGAAAAUGGCUGAGGUUGCUGACCGUAAGCUGAAGAAUGAUCAGGAGCGUCACAAGUCCGGUCCGCUGUUCUUGAUGGUUCUACCAGGCGAGAUGGAGGGCACCUACAUCCUGGUGUGUCGCAAGAAGUUUGGACAAUUGGCUCGUAACGUCUUGAAGGGCUUGGUCCCUUUUCUGACUCAUCACCUGUAUGAGCCAACUCUGACAAAAACCGAUCAAGCCCUCCGUAAAUGGGUUCCGCAAUCAGAGAUCAGUAUGGCUCGACGUAAGAACCUCAAAUGGUGCACAAACACACUUCGUGCUGUGGAGGCUACCGCCUCGCCAGACGCGGUUGAGGAAGCACUGGAGUUUCUGGAUGAUGUGAUGGAAGACGCAACGGAUGUCUAUGAUGGUCAACUUUCGAUUGAUUUGGAUAUGGCUAACAACAAAGACAUUGAUGAUGGGAAGACCGUGACGGGAAUGAUGGACGAGAUGCAGGAACGGGAGCAACAACUGGAAGAUGCCUUCAAUGAGAUUGAGAUUUGGGACAAUGCACUGGAGGCUCAGGAACGCGCCUUGGCACAACAACGUGCGGACAAUGCGGCACUGCAAGCACAGCUCGCUGCCCUCCAGAGUCAGGCCAGCCAUCUACCUACAAUGAUGAGUCAGCUUCCCACUCUACCCCACAACAAUCGCGUGUCUCCUGACCGUCAAGCAUUGACUCCACCGGUCAGAUCUAGCAACAGAACCUUAGGCAAGUCAUCCACUGGGAAGAGCUCUAUUGUUCCCAACACAGGGACAAAACCAAAGAAGGCCAUCAAGCAGGGCAAACCUAAACAACCAGCCAAGAAGGCCCAAACAAGUGCAGGUGUCCCAUUUCAGGAACCAUCUUCUGCCCAACCCUCGACGGCCUCGGCUGUUCAAGUAGACACGUCUCACAUGGAAGGGGACAACACUACUGCCGCGUCUCAAGAUGAGAGCCAAACCUCAUCUCUUACUGCGUCUACUUCGCGAUGUGGAGGGUCUCCAUUCUUCUCUCCUCCUCCUGAAAAUAGCAAUGACUCGAAGCAGCAACAGAUCAACUCCUGGCUGAAGGAGGAACGAGUGGGAAUUGCGUUGUUGGCAGAGGCCAAGACGUUUUGGCCUUCUAUCAAUGAAGGUCACGGUUGGAGUGACAGACUCCGCCAAGCUACGAUGAAGUCCGAGCAAAAAGGGUUUUACUCGUCGGUAGCUUACAAUCGGCAUCAGGACAGAUCUGCUGCCACCUUGGCGGUACAAUGGGGCGGGUGUAUCGCAACCGUUUUGAACCAAGUGGCGCACAGGGCUAAGGAAGCUGGCAGAGACCCCACGGGUUUAGGACGGUGGGCCUAUGUUCGUCUCCAAGGAAGGAAGUUGAAAGCCCAUGGGGGUAAUGUUCAGGACUCUUUGGUUGAGGUAAAUGACUCAGUUUGUGGUCCGAUCCCCAAGGACUUGGUGGUUGUCUCCGCGUAUCGUCCCAACAAGCAAGGCCUCGGUGGAUCUACAGUAUGGGCACAACACAGGCUUCACUUUCAUGCAGUGAAUCGAAAAGUUAAUCCAAGGAAAGCCUUUGUGGACGAUCUUUGCA